GGGCUGACCCCCAGUGCCUUCAGUUCACCUCUGAUACAGCAGGGCUGUUACACAGGUUCCAUUAUUUUAAAUAAUGAAUAGACUUAUCAUCUCAUCGGUUUGUGUAAUAUGUUUAACUCAUUUUCUUUUGGUCCAAGCUCGUAAUACAUUCUGGAACGACGCUGAACUCAGGGGUCUGAAUGGAACCGUCAGGAAGACCCGAGGGCUCCUCACCCCCACUCCUGUCGACUGUUCCCUGGGGCCAUGGUCACCCUGGACUUCCUGUUCCCCAUGUGACGGCAAAAUUUACAAACACCGGUAUUUACAACAGCCGGCAAAAUUCAGUGGUGUGGAGUGUACCGGGGUGCAGUGGGAUGACAGAAUCUGCUCUCCAGUGAAGAAGUGCCCAGAGGUCAACACAUGCGGGGAGGGAGAAUUUAUGUGUGUGGAAACAGGCCGCUGCAUAAGCACCCGUCUGAGGUGUAAUGGAGACAUCGACUGCGGAGACCAGUCAGACGAGGAAGGCUGUGACGAGAGGGAAGAGGACGACUAUGACCUCUGUAAGAAGCUGUUCCCCAUUCCAGGGGCAGAAAACGCCGUCCGUGGAUAUAACAUUUUGACUCAGGAAUUCACAUACAAUACCAUUGACCCCAAAUACUAUGGGGGAUUCUGUGAAUAUGUGUAUAAUGGAGACUGGAGAGAGCUGAGGUACAACACCGUGUGUGAACGGUUGUACUACAAUGAGGAUGAGAAGUAUUACAGGAAACCACACAACUUCCAUUACUACCGUUUCAUGGCCCAGGCUGAUUCUGGAUUCUCUUCAGAGUAUUAUGAGGAUGUUUCUGGGCUCCUAAAUGCUAAGAAAAAGGAAUUCUCUUUCCAUGCUUCAAUGACAGUUGGCAUUUUUAUUGUUGAAGGUGGACGGUCUAUACAAGGAGAAUAUAUGUCUUUAAAGAAUAUAUCUGAAUACACAGAGAAAAAUUUUGGAUUUGUGAGAAUGGUGACCAAGGUUCAGACUGCUCAGUUUAAAAUGAGGAGCAGUGGCUUAGUUCUGGAUGAAGAUAUGUACCAGACUCUGAUGGAACUUCCAGACGAAUACAAUUACGGAAUGUACUCGAAGUUUAUCAGUAAUUACGGAACCCAUUAUAUAACUGAAGGGACCAUGGGGGGAGUCCUUGAGUACAUUUUGGUUGUCGACAAAGAAGUGAUGAGGAAAAGUGAAAUGAAUGGCUAUCAGAUAGGGGGGUGCCUUGGCUUAUCAAUAGGACUUACUAUGCCCAUACAAGAUACGAGUGUAGAAUCAAAACUGUCAGUCAAGGGGAACGUGUGCCACAAAUAUGGAUCAAUGAAUACUGCUAAAUCUUCCAGUGACAGUUACAUUAAAGAUGUGCUACCUCGGAUUCGAGGUGGGGACGCUAAGUCGAGUGGAGGGCUUUUAGCAGCAUUUGAUGAGAAAACCUACCGGCACUGGGGGAAGUCCUUAAAAUACAGCCCUGACCUAAUUGAUUUUGAGAUUCUUCCGAUAUACGAGCUCCUUCGUUUCAGUAACGUAGGCUCUAUUGAUGUGAAAAUAGACAACAUGAAAAGAGCAUGGACGGAUUAUCUGAUGGAGUUCAACCCGUGCCGCUGCGGCCCCUGCCAGCACAACGGGAUGCCUCUCCUGAGUGGAAACAAGUGCAAGUGUAUUUGUCCCCAGGGGUUUGAUGGGGUGGCUUGCGAGGAGACCAGGAGAACUGAUCCCACACAUGGAGCGUGGAGCUGCUGGACUCAGUGGAUGGAUUGCAGGUCAGGGACAAUGACUAGAACGAGAGAAUGCAACAACCCAGCGCCUAGCAACGGGGGGACAAGGUGCCUGGGGAGGAACACAAAGACUGUACCAUGCUAACUGCUACUUAUAAUCUGAGUGCUCUGUAACACACACUGCACCAUGCUAACUGCUUCUUAUAAUCUGAGUGUGCUCAUUCAAGAGGAAUGCUGUCCAGACCAAUAUUGCAUGCAGUUUGAAAAACCCUUUCUGUAUCUUCAUUACCAAGUAACAAAGCAAGCAAAUUAAAAUAAAUAAACAAAA